AUGAAUAUAUCAAGGACAGAUGAACAAGAGACUGAUGAGCAGAAUCAAAGAAAUGAUGCUUUUACUAUAUUAGAGAAUGAGCCUCUUCUUGGUAGGACAGAGACGCCUGUGUCUGUUCCAGGUGUUAGACAUGCUGCAAUGGGUUCUGCAACAGCAGCAAGAAAUGAGCUUUUUGGACUGGUUAUUAUGGCACUUUCUGCUCUUGGAUUUUCCAUCAUGUCUGUUUUGGUCAAGAUGGCAGGACGUACUUUUCCAUCCACAGAAGUUGUGUUUGCAAGAUCUAUGUUUCAGUUGAUUGCAGGUGUAAUCGGAUGCGCGAUAGUUAAAGUAGCGCCGUGGGGACCACCCACGGUAAACAGAUGGCUGUUAAUUGGGCGAGGAAUGGCAGGAGCAAUGGGUCUUGGAUUUUAUUUUUUCACCAUUAUCAAUAUGCCACUGGGCGAUGGUACAACAUUAUUUUUUAUUGGUCCAGCAUUCACGGCAGUUGCAGCGUAUUUAUUUCUAAAUGAGCCGUAUACUAUAAUAGAUGCAGGAGCAUCAGUUUGCUGUUUAGUGGGUGUUGUACUUGUUUCUCGGCCCGAGUUUUUGUUUGGGAAAUUACCUCAUGACACCACACCCAACUCUGGCCAGUACGUUUAUUCAAGAUACAUUCCCUCAUUGUCAGCACUAGCAGCAGCAGUGUCUUUGGCAGUUGCGUACUGCCUUGUUCGUGUUGUAGGCAAGAGCGUGCAUUAUCUGGUACAUGUCACAUAUUUUGGACUGCUAUCGACGAUUUUGUCAGGUGUGCUGUUAUUUUUUGUGGAAAGACCCGUACCAGUGUAUUUAUGGACAAUAGAGGAAUGGACAAUUAUGUUGGGUGUUGGUGUAUCAGCAUUUGCGGCACAAUGCUUCUUGAAUGCAGGAUUGCAACUGGCCAAUGCUGGACCAGCAACAUUGAUGCGAAAUCUGGAUAUAGUGUUUGCAUUUGUAUUUGGACAAGUAAUAUUUCAUGAAAUACCAAGCACGCCGUCUAUUUUUGGAGCGACAAUAAUAGGAACCACUACAGCAGGAGUAGCAUAUAUAAGAUGGAGACAAAGUCUUGAAUAG